AUGCCUUCUUCAGUCUAUCUAAUAUCCAGGGUUGGCGAUCCUCUCUUUGCUCUGUUCAUUGGGGUAGGGGCGACAGUGACCCGCGUCAACAGAGAGGAAAAGGAACAAGGACGUACCACGCAGCAAACAAUUGAUGCUGCAUUCAGAAGAAUUGGCUUUCCUCGCUCGAAUGAUCCUUUGGCGAAGAAGAAUUAA